AUAGGACGCUUUUGCGCAUGCGCGGCGGAUUGAACAGUUGGCGCAUGCGCAGUACAGACACGACAGCGCGGCGCAAAUCGAGCAGGAGACGCGGAUCGGGUAGGCAGAAGAUGAAAACGCUGGAGUUUUAUCACAUGCUGCAGAAAUAUCUGGUGGAGGGAGAGUUUUUCCCAAACUGCAGCAGAAGAGUGAGAAGUGAUAUCCGCCGUGCAUGCGACAAAUUCAUCAUCAAAGAUGGCCGACUGUAUUACGUCGGACCUAACAAGACGUACAUGCGCUUGGUGGUCAUGACUGAGGAUGAAAAGAAGUUCGCCCUAAAUGAGUGUCAUGAUAACAGUGAGACCGGCAACCAUCACGGUGUGAGAGGCACCAGAAACAGGGUUAUUGCUGGCUACUACUGGCCAACGCUUAUAAAGGACGUAACAGAGUGGGUGAAGUCUUGUGAGCGCUGUCAGAGCAACAUCAUCAAAACGGGGAAGCCGGCGUUGCAUGCUGUGAAGAAGUCGGUUCCUGUGAAUGUUUUAGUCACCCAAGCUCCUGUUGCUGAUGAAGUCUGUCCUUCAGCAGAUCUGUGUCAAGUAGAGGAGGAAGAGCUACAGCACAGUAACAGGCUUCCCAUAAUUACAACGAUAGAGGGAGCGACGUCUUCAGAGGAAAUAAAGCCUUAUUUCCGAGUUGUGGUGGGAAAGGUCCAGACACUUCUGGACCCUCCUUUGGCUCAGCAGUUGCUGGGUAACAAUAAUAAUGAACAAAGCACACAAACCUCACACAAACCUCACGCUUGCGCCACAGCAAGAGAACAGGAAGCAGAUGUCAAUUACAUAUAUAAAAGAUAUUUGCUCCAAGAACUAGAAGUAAGGAAAGCAGAUCUCCAAUACACAAAGCUGAAAAUCAGAAAACUGGAGCUGGAAAUACAGAAAAUGGAGAAAGAAGUAAGUAGUCAGAUAAAGCUUUAAACUGGAAUGUGCUCUUUUUUGCUCACAUUUUAACUGAGAUUUUCUUUUCCUCUCCACAGGCUGAACAAGAUCAAUAAAAAAAGACAAUUGUUUUUUAAUACAAUAAACAUAAAUGACUAAAUAAGGUUGUGUGAAUGAACCUAACUACAAGA